GGCAUUGGCUACACUGCAGCACACUUCAUCAAUAAGAGCCAGCGAGGGCUGUGAGCUUUGCCACACUGCCUUCAUCCAGCACAGGAGGAAGAGCAAAGGCAGAGCCUGCCAGAGCAGCAGAGUAGCUGCCGAGGGUAAGGCUGCAUCUCGCAGUCCCAGCCUCGAGGUGUUUUUUGCUGCUUUUGCUCCCUCAUUCAGAUCAUCCCAGAUAAUACCCUAGCAAGCAACAAGAAUGGAUGUCUUUAAGAAAGGUUUCUCCAUUGCCAAAGAAGGUGUGGUGGCUGCUGCAGAAAAGACCAAGCAGGGAGUGACAGAGGCUGCAGAGAAGACCAAAGAAGGGGUAAUGUAUGUAGGCACCAAGACCAAAGAGGGUGUAGUGCAAAGUGUGACCUCAGUUGCUGAGAAGACCAAAGAGCAGGCCAACGUGGUGGGAGAAGCUGUAGUAGCCAGCGUGAACACAGUGGCAAACAAGACUGUAGAAGGAGCAGAGACCAUCGUGGCCACUACAGGAGUUGUAAAAAAGGAGGACCUGGCAGCGCCGCAGCCGCCCGACCAGCCCAGGAUGGAGGGAGAGGGGGCCCCAGCAAGCCCUGGCGGAGAGGGUGAAACUGAAGGUAAUCCAUCAAGUUAGGGAAUUCUUGCCCAAAAGAGACCGUUCCAAGAGCAUACAUGGAAGUAUUAGCUGACACCACAACAGGAAAAUCCCACUUUCCAUAGACUAACUACAUCCAGCUCUGUAGUCUUGCACUUGCCUCAUAAACAAGUCGUACAAUACAUGUAAGCCAGACUCCUCUAAUUGUAAGUAACUGCAGGUGUGUACUGGGCUGUGUGUCUUCCCCAGCCUCCCUCCUGGCCUCCCAAUUGCUUUGUAUAUUUUGUUUGGACUCACAAAUCUGUGUCUUGCGUCCAUAUGCACUGGCACUUGGGAUCUCUAGCCAAUGUGGAAAUACUUUUUUUUUUUAAACUAAUAAAAAGUGUUUGAACAA